GGAUAGUGAUGAGACGGCAAAAGAAGAGAAGGCACCUGUGAAGGAGAAGUACGUUGCAAAACCGAAGGCAAUUCCUUCUCUUGGAAACAAGAAUAGAUUCCAUCCCUAUUCAAAGGAGAAGAAUGCAGGCACUGGAGAGAAGAAGACUAUUAAUCGUAACAGAGUUUUUAUUAGCAACAUCCCAUAUGACAUGAAAUGGCAAGCUAUUAAAGAUCUUAUGAGAGAGAAAGUUGGUGAGGUUACAUACGUGGAGCUGUUUAAGGAUGCUGAAGGAAAAUCAAGGGGUUGUGGUGUGGUUGAAUUCAAAGAUGAAGAAUUUGUUAAGAAAGCAUUAGAAACUAUGAACAAAUACGAUCUUAGUGGAAGACCCCUGAAUAUUAAAGAGGAUCCUGAAGGUGAACAUGCUCGUAGGGCAUUACAGCGUGGAGGAGGACAGUUUCCAGGAGGACACGGACCUGAUGUGGCACCUGGAAUAAUGAAUUUACCACCUUCUAUUCUUAAUAAUCCAAAUAUUCCUCCUGAGGUUAUCAGUAAUUUGCAGGCAGGCAGGCUUGGGUCCACUAUUUUUGUUGCUAAUCUUGACUUUAAAGUUGGCUGGAAGAAACUGAAGGAGGUAUUCAGCAUUGCUGGAACUGUGAAGCGUGCAGACAUCAAAGAAGAUAAAGAUGGCAAGAGUCGAGGAAUGGGAACAGUUACUUUUGAACAAGCAAUUGAAGCUGUUCAGGCAAUAUCUAUGUUCAAUGGACAGUUCCUGUUUGAUAGACCCAUGCAUGUAAAAAUGGAUGACAAAUCAGUUCCUCAUGAAGAUUUCCGUGUGUCAGACAGCAAAACCUCACAAUUACCUCGUGUACUUGGUGGCAUUGGUAUGGGACUUGGGCCAGGUGGACAGCCCAUCAGUGCAACACAGUUGAGCAUGGGUGGUGGAAUGGGGAGCAUGGGCCCAGGAGGUAUGGGAAUAGACGGCCCAGGAUUUGGCGGAAUUAACAGAAUGGGAGGCGGACUUGCUGGAUUUCGUGGGGUGGAAGGAAUGCCUAAUAUGGGAGGAUUUGGAGUCAGCCGAAUGGGAGACAUGUUCCGUGGUGGAAUGGGAGGAAACAUGGACAGAGAUUUUGGUCGUAGUGAGAUGGCAUUGAACCGUGGUUUUGGAGAUUCUUUUGGAAGGAUGGGUGGUGCAAUGAUUGGUGUUUUUGCAGGAGGAAUGGGAGCACCUAGCAUGGGGCCAGUAAGAUCUGGAAUGAGUGGUGGAAUGGGUGGUAUGAACAGUAUGGCUGGAGGAAUGGGAAUGGGGAUGGAUCGGAUGAGCUCUGGCUUCGACCGAAUGGGACCAGCUAUGGGUGGAGCCCUGGACAGGAACAUCGAUAUCGAGCGAGGGUUUGUGCCUGGCCCAAUGGGAAGUGGCAUGAGAGAGAGAUUAGGCUCUAAAGGCAACCAGAUAUUUGUGAGAAAUCUUCCUUUUGACUUGACCUGGCAGAAGCUGAAGGAGAAAUUCAGUCAAUGUGGUCAUGUAAUGUUUGCAGAAAUAAAAAUGGAGAAUGGAAAAUCAAAGGGCUGUGGAACAGUCAGAUUUGACUCACCAGAAUCUGCUGAAAAGGCCUGUAGGAUAAUGAACGGCAUAAAAAUCAGUGGCAGAGAAAUUGAUGUACGCUUGGAUCGCAAUGCAUAAUUUAAAACUGUGUGUUCAGGAACAUUCCUAUGUCUGUUUAGCUUCUUUAUCCUAGUAAGUAAUUUUUAGUAACAUUGUAUGCUUACAAAAGCUGUAAAAAGGAACUUUUAAAUCCCACCAGCCUUUAACAGUAUAGUGUUUAAUAUACUGUGACACUUGUUAACUGAAUCUUACUAUGUUUGGUUUUUAAAGACAAUUUGCCUGAUUUUUGUUGUUUUUUUUAGAGGCACUGAGCACCUGCAGGUCCCUGUAGACCACUGGAGCUUUGGAUGCUCAGCACCUUUGGAAAAUUAGGCCAAGUGUCUCUAGUCAUUCAGUUUAAAUGAAUGGUUAUACUGUUUUUAAUAAAAUAAGCCAUUUUCUCUGUUAAUCUCAAGAUUGCAUAGUGGGAUUUGUUUAGUGUUUCAGCUUUGUGUUUUGUUUUUUUUUUUUUGUUUGUUUCCCUCCUCAGUGUAUCAACAUUGUAUUGUAAAAGUUAGAUGUCUUUUUUUCAGAAUUUCAGUUUUAUAUGUGCGUUGUAGUCAUACUGUAAUUCUUGACUCUAAAAGAAAGGGCUCCAAUGAGGCUGUGAUGUUUUUCUUCUAAUUAAUAUUACUUUAAUGACAUGACUUAGUUCUGUAAAUAAGAGUUAGAGCCCAAUGGGAGUUCUGAGUUUAUUUUUUUUAUUUUGACUAAAUGAAGAAACAGACCUUUCUCUCCUGCUUUUAUUCUUUUCAUCAGCAUAAUCACUGAUUAAAACUAGUUACCACAGACCCUUGUAGGAUUGUUCCCUAUGAUGCCAAGUUCAUAUAAAAUUGAUACUGUAGUACAUACUAAGUACAGUACAAGAGAAAUUACUCCAAAUUUUUUAUCUAUUUUCCAGCCAUUCAAGUGAACUGCCAGAAAAAUAAAAACCACAGAACAGAUGAGAGAAAUGGCUGUGUAUGUCAAACCAUUGCUGUUCACUUCUAUGGGUCCUGAUGUAUUUAUGAAGGCUGUUUUUAUAAACCAGGGUAUUCCCAAGCAGAGCAUAUCAAAUACGUUGGAUCCUACAAUGUUAGACAUCGCCAUAUCUCCAUUUCCUGUAAAAGAAGAAAUACAAAUAAGUCUAAUUGUAUUUUAUGAAAUUGCCAAACUGUUUUGGAGGAACAGACUGUCAGCCCUCAGUUUCUCCCAGAGCAUCCUUUUCAGACUUUUCAUUUCAAGAACGAUAGUCAUGAUUCUACAGAACAUGAUUUUGGGUAUCACAAGCAUACAAAAAAAAAAAAGUCUCCCUAAAUCACCAGCAUCUGCACAGUUGCACUUAAAAUAAGCUAGGCAGGCUACUGUAAAACCCAGUUAUGUUUAAAAUACCAAGACCUACAGUUGUGUUUUGCAGUAAAACCGUUAACACUUGAUCAACAACAAAUGAAACCAAUCUAGAAUACUUCUUUGAGAUACUGUUGAGAGGUUUUAAAAUGUCUGAGCCACAGCUUCUUCAGGUAAGCUAUUUAUUUAUUAGUAGUAAACUUAAGCUCUAGAAUCUGGAGCAAAAAAUUUGAAGUUACUCCUUGAAUUUCUGGAAAUGUUUUUUUUUUUUUUCAUAGUACCUUUUAAACACAUUCAUUGGAAUGAGCCUGAAUACUAAAAUCUUUACCUUUACGAGCCACCAGCACACUUGCAACUGUAUCUGGUAAACUUGUUCCUGCUGCUAGUAAUGUCAGACCCAUUAUUGACUCUGGAAUUCCCAGUGUUUCACCUGCAGUUGAUAAAUAAUGGUAGAAAAUGCAAAUGUGAUUUUUAAAUUUAUCCAAAGAAAUUGCUUUGGACUUUGUUUGAUGGAGAAGGGAUUGGUAAUCAUACUGUAAUUUCAAAAGGAAUCUGUCAGUUAUAAAUAGGAAUAAAAAGGAAGUGACUGAACCAUGAAGUAGUUAAGAACAACAAUAAGAA